AUGAGCAAAGAAACAAUAGGUGGCUAUUCCAGGUCACCCAAUGGCCAUGGUGGUCUGAAUACGAAUGGAGACACCAUGGAUGACAUUAUAUCACAACAGUUAUCACGUGCCCACAACGCCAGUCGCAGUACCAAUCAAAACAAUUACACCGUCUCUGGUAAGAACACUACCAAUAAUAAUACGAUGAGUAAUACCAACACCAACAACAACAACAGUACUCCUACUGGUAAUACAAGCAAAUCAGUUUCCGGUAGUUACGGUAUCUCGGGUAAUGGAUACCAUCGUGUUACGAUAGAUGGUGAUGCCGGUGAUAGAGACUUUGCCAAAUCCGCAGAAAUGAUUGCGAAUGUUAUUCGAGCUCGACAGGAAUAUAAAAAAUGUGAUAAGGGAGAAGCAGAGACACGCCUUAACCCGGAAGAGAUUGAUUACUUAUUCCACUUUCAACACUCCACUGAAGAUAAUCCCCUCACCUUUGAACGUGGUAUAUACAGUUUCUCUGGUAUGAAUACACGUGUGGUUCCAUGGGAACGAUAUGUACGAGAUAUGAAAUCUGUAUUUAAUGCGAUUGAGUCUGGUCCUUGUCUCUCUACUGCGAGGACGCGAUUAACCACAAUGGCAGAGAAAUCACAUCUCUACUUUCUUCUUAACUCCGAGACAGAAAUGAACAUUUCACGUCAAAUACGUGCGGUUGGGGAGUUUGCCCCUGCCACUUGUAUAGAUAACGCUUUGCGGCUGCAGACCUCCGUGACGGCGCAAACACUCUUUGAGUUUAUUGUCUCUACAGCCGUUGAACACCCCCGUACGCCUCUCUUUCACAAUGAAGAGGGAAAGACUGUACAGUUAAUGGAUUAUUUACAGAGUCAUGGUAUUUCCGACGCACGUGAGAUAACGGUACAGGGACUUGGAUUACACCCACCACUAUAUCAUAAUAAAUUUCAACCAUAUGAUGUAUUUGAUCCAAAUCUUAAUCCAGCAGGGAAAUUUGGUACAGAUCUUCUUCAAGCCGUUUUAUCUACAAAUGGACCAAAAGAUGGGGAUUUGUUUGGUGCUCUUAUUCGUCCAGAGUUAGAGAAAAGAGAGUUUAAAAAACGUCAAAUUGUGGCAACCGAGACGAAACUCUCUUUAUAUGGUCAAAAUGCAGAUGAAUUAAAACUAUUAGCUGCUUGGGUACGACGACAAGGUUUUAAUUCUUUUUCACUUAAUAUGUGGACUAUAUGUAUUCCACGUUCUGCACCUCUGCAUGGUCCUAAUGAACAGCCAGUGACCUGUCAAACGUUUGGAGAUCAGUUACGUAAUAUCUUUUACCCUAUGUUAAUGGCAACAUUAUUUCCAACGAGUACAGAAUGGGGAGAUGUGGCGGCCUUACUGAAUAAAACAGGAGCUAUUAGUAUUAAUACAGAACAUGUUACUCGUUCUCAAAAUUUAGUAUUUGAUGCGAUGAGUCCUGAUGAAGCAAAGUAUGAAGAAGGUGUAAGUGAUUGUUACUUCUUUUAUUAUAUUUGGGCAAAUUUGGCUACACUUAAUGCCCUUCGUGUACGUUAUGGACUUAACACUAUUAAUUUUUGUCCCUCUGUAUUUGAAUCCGCCCCUGCAUAUGAUCAAUUGGUCUCAAGUUUCUUAUUAGGUGAUGUGGUCUAUCAUGUGAGAUCAUUAGAGAAGAGUUGGAUUAUGCAGUAUCUUUUUAUGUAUUGCCGUAUAGGUGUAGUGAUGUCUCCAUUACGUGAUAACGUUCUCGUAAAGUCUUACUUUGAUCAUCCAAUUGUACGAUACUUUGCUCAAGGUCUUCGAGUAUCUAUUACAACAUCUGAUCCUUUAUAUUUUCAUCAUUUUGAUAAUCCAUGUGUAGAAGAAUACACAACAUUAAUGAAAUUACGUUCACUUACUCAAAUGGAUUUAAAUGUUAUUGCACGUAACAGUGUUCUCAAUAGUAAUUUUCCAUUAGAGAUGAAACGAAAAUGGUUAGGUAAUGACUUUCAAAUGAGUGAAUGUGAUGGAAAUGAUAUUAGACGUUCUGGUGUUUGUGACUAUCGAUUGGAGUUUUUUCAUGAAUGUUUACUUCAUGAAGAGAUGGUGUUAAAUCUUGUCUUAUCCCAAGUAGCUAAAAAAGGAGAAGAACCCAUCACACUUUGUAUGGUUCCAUCCUCUUUAACUCGAAAGGCUAUUGAAAAUGUACAACAAUUACGAAAUCCAAGAAGAGCCAAUCACACCGAUUGGCGUGUGGUUUAUCCUAGAAUUGAUGUGAUUGGAGGACCACGAGAAGUUCCUAUAUCAGAUGCGGUACAACUCCUUGCAGAUGUUAUUUCGCUUCGUAAGAAGUAUGUAAACGCACGGGGGUUAGAUGUAGAUGUACAAGUGGAGGAUGUGUUUAAUAAUUCUAACUUUGAUGAAAGUAUUUGGGAGUAUAAUAAUUACUAUGGGGUAUUUCUCUUCUCACGAAAAGGUAAAUCUCCAUCAUGGCCAGGUUUUAUUCCUCCUGUAGAUGAGUUUAUUCGAGAUGUAGCCACCGUACGUGAGGUGGUGAUGGGAAAUAGUAAACUCCACUGUCUUGCCGAUCAACGACUGAAACUACUGGAAAAGAAAUUUUUAUUACAUCUCUCAUUAAGUAUUAGUAAAGAGGCGGGAUCUAAGGAAGAGAAGGAAUGGAAUAAUCGUGAUUUCUUCACAGCUCAUAAAGUAGAUACGAAUGUACAUACAGCAGCAGGGAUGAAUGCACGAACUCUGUUGGAAUUCUUUGUUGAGAAAUCCCUUCAUCAUGGACAUGAUGUGGUCUUUGAAGAAGAUAAUCAACCGGUUACCUUACGGCAAUUGUUAGAACGAUAUAUGAUUAACGCUACACGUAUUACUGUGGAUGAAUUGAAUCAUCUUGUAAAUUCUAAUAAACAUAUACGUACAACCUUUCUUGCUGUGGAUAACUUUAUGAAGGGACGUUAUUUUGCAGAAUUAACAAAACUUACUUUAGAUUUAUAUUUAGAAGAUGCUUUUUCAUUUUCUGAAAAUCGUCUUUUAAUCAGUGGAAAAUCCCAAGAUGAAUGGUAUAAAUUGGCUCACUGGUUUGAUCGCUAUGGUAUGGCAAGUUCACAAAAUCGAUGGAUGGUAUGUAUACCACGUCAAUAUAGACGUCUUCGUCAAAAGGGAGUAGUACGAAAUUUUGGUGAAUAUCUUGAUAACAUUUUUCAACCUUUAUGGGAAAUAAGUUUACAUCCAGCAAAAGAUACGAAAUUCCAUUACUUUCUUGCCCAUGUAUCAGGUUUUGACUCUGUAGAUGAUGAAUCUAAAAUUGAUCUUCCUCUUAGUGCCACUUACCCACAUGAUUGGGAUAGUGAUCUCAAUCCACCGUAUAAUAUGUAUCUUUACUAUUUUUGGGCCAAUAUCGCAACAUUAAAUGAAUUUCGUGCCUCUCGUGGACUUGGAACUUUUACAUUUCGACCACAGUGUGGGGAGUUGGGAAGUGUGGAACACCUUAUUGGUGGUUUUCUCGUUGCGGAUAGUAUUAAUCAUGGUGUACGGCUUAGACAAAAUCCAGUCUUGGAAUAUAUGUAUUAUAUUACCCAGGUUGGUGUAGCUAUGUCUCCACUUAGUAAUACCGCAGGGUCUUCUCCUUAUUUAUCUAAUCCUUUCCCACUUUUCUUUCGUCGUGGUCUUAAUGUUAGUCUUGCUACCAAUGAACCUCUUUACUUUCAUUUUACACGUGAACCACUUAUUGAGGAGUAUUCUAUCGCGGCUAAACUUUGGCAGUUUGAGUUUAAUGAUCUUUCUGAAAUUGCACGUAAUAGCGUUUUGCAAAGUGGUUUCCCAUCUGGAUGGAAAGAGAAUGCACUUGGUAAAUUGUAUUAUCUAAAUUCCACACUUGGUAAUGAUGUACGAAAGAGUCGAGUCUCAGAUAUUCGAGUUGCCUACCGAUAUGAAGUCUAUCACGAGGAACUUGACUUUCUCAUGGAACAACUUCCAGCAGGAAAUAAAAUGCCACGAGCAAUGAAAUUACUUGAGGAAGAAAUUGCCAUUUAUGAAGAAGUCAUGCAAACCAAAGUAGUGAUGCCCAGUGUUGGGGAUGAUGAGGAUGGAAUAGAAGGAGAAGCAGGAAGAAGUACAAGUGCACGGGCAGAACGAGUGAAGGCAGAGAUUGAAGUCUUGGAUCGUGAUAUUGAACGUAUGCAAUUCCUCACCCGAUAUGUGGAGAAUCAGAAUAUGGAUAUGUUAGAAGCCUUCAAUCGUAUUCGCACAAGACUGAAAACAGAAGGUCUUGUUGUGAUGGGAAAUUUGGGAAAGUGUACAGUGGAGUACGAGACAAGUGACCACUCAGGAGGAAAUACGGCAAGUUGUGAGUCUGAGAAGCCGACGGGGAACGGAUCUUCUUAA